ACGGUGUUGCCAGAGAUUUCACACUGCAACCAAAAACAAAACGUGAAGCUCUACUCACGUAUUGUUUUCUAUAUUAAAAUAAUAAGUUAAAACAAGCAAAUUAGAUACUUUUAAGAAUAAAAGGAUCCAGCAUUAGCUUUAAAGCAUGACGAGCCUCGUACAGAAAAGCCUUCCUCUGGCCAGGACCAGCACUCCGGCGCUGCAGUUCCUCCGCUUCAGGGGCAAGAUCAACAUACAGCGGCCCAAGGCGCCGCACUACGAGCGAGCCCGCGUCAUCGCCGUCACCCAGCCGAAGUACCCGGAGCCCCCAAAGUCAAAAAGCUGCUUCAAAACACGCGAAGAGCGCACGCAGCAGCAGCUGGAGAACCCCUACAACGAAAUCAUAGCUCGCGAGGUGCGCAACUGGCUGGAUCACUCGCGGCUAGUGGCCAUCUUCCACCUGAACUCGAUCUCCGCCGACGAGAUUUUCCGCGUGCGCGUCCAGCUGCACAAGCAGAACCUGCAUCUCAAGUCCUACGGCCGCAAGAUCAUCGGCCAGGCGGUGCAGGGCACUCGCUACGAGGCCAUCCUGCCGCUCUUCCACUCUAACCACUGCAUCGUCUUCUCGCCGGACCAGCAAAAAAUCGCCACGCUGCUAAAGAUCACGCGCAAGGUGCCGCAGAUGGUGCUACUGGGUGGCAUCGUGGAGGAGACUCUGCUCAGCCGCAACGAGCUGAUGAACUACGCCCAGAUGCCCGGCCUGCAGGCGGCGCAAGCGCAGCUAGUUCAAACCCUGAACCAGGCGGCCGGCCAUCUGGUCCAGCAGCUGCAGGCGCAUCAAAACAGCUUCGUGCAAGUGCUCGACGUCCAUGCCAAAGGUGAGGCCCAGGAGGCGGCGCCGGAGCCAGCGGAGGAGCCCAAGUAAAAUCAAGUUUGUUAAAUAACAAGAAAAUCAAAAAUGUUA